GGCAGAUUAUUUUCUCUAUCCACACAAAAUACAGCCUUUUAUCUUCUUUAUUAUCCUUCUUUCUACCUAGGAGAUUGAGUGUGAAAUACGAGUAUCAGCAAAGAGAAACGCAAAAACCCAUCGAUGGUUCCCCGCUCACCCACAGAUGAGACCUCGCAAGAGAAGCGAAAGUCACAGUCCAACUGUAUUAUUUCUCUACCCUUCAACGCGCUGCCGUUCUCCAGACAGCACUCUAAACCAAACGUUGUUCAGCUGUUAAAAAUGGCGGAGCAUUCAUCGCGAGCUGCUCGUCGUCUGUUCCACAGCUCCAUUGUCUCCGCCGUCCACAACGGUCUCAAAUCUCUACAUUUCCUAUUUUCCCAGAGUUCAGUUUUCAACAAUCUGAUAUCUUUCUCUUAUCAUCUCCGAGGUUUCCGCCAGAUCGAAAGCAGCAAAGGUUGCAAGAACUUUAAGGCUUUAUCCACCAGCAGUCACAGUUUUGCAGCCAUUUUACCAGGAGAUUCAGUUGCAGGAGCUGUGGUUACUAAUGGAAUUUCGAUGUUCUUGAACAUCUACAAUUCCGUACUCGUACUCAGGCUUGUUUUGACCUGGUUCCCUAAUGCUCCCUCCGCCAUUGUCACCCCGCUCAGCACCUUGUGUGAUCCCUAUUUGAACAUAUUCCGUGGAAUCAUCCCACCACUUGGUGGGACCCUGGAUCUUUCGCCGGUAAUGGCGUUUCUUGUGUUAAAUGCCUUUACGAAUGCUGCCGCUGCCCUUCCAGCUGAGCUCUCACCGCCUAAAGGAGUUUAUCAGAAUGCUGUUCCAACCACUUGUACAAUGGAGCCUUCUCCUCAUCUUACCACCACAUCACAAGAAAAAUGGACUCGACGGCUUGCUGGUGGUGGAAACCAGUUGGAGAGGGGUAGGGGGGAUGAUGGCGGCAAAACAUAAUGUUACCCCCACUCCUUUUUCUUGCAACCUAAGCUGUUUUUAUGACAAAAUUUUCAAAGAGCCCUAUAUGCCAUCAUCACAAAUUUCAAAGAGUACUGUAUCAUCACAACCUUUCAUUUUUUGGGGGUCCUAGAUGAAUGGCUGUGAUGAUGUCAUUGCACCCUAUAUGACUCCAUAACGGAGUCAUAUAGGGCUCUAUAAAAUUGUGUAAAUUUGCCGAUGCCAUGUUUGGAUCAGAAUUGUUUGUUGUUUCUGUUAACAUGUUAUUUUUUCAAGAAUGGUGUAGUUAGUAGGAGUGGAGCAGUUUUUCCAUUUCAGGUCCUCCAAUAACUAGAGCCGUAAUCGGAACCAGUUAUACCCUAUGAGUUCCUGUUCUGUUAUAGACAUGGUUUUCAGUUUUGCUCCUGUUUCAAACCCGGAUUUUCUAUUUUGUAAAAAAACUGGAAAGUAAAUCUUUUA